ACAGGCCCCCAGGACCCCUGGGGAGAGGGCCCCGCUGGGCUGGCCCUGCAGGGACCAUGGAAUCCAGAGCUGAAGGGGGCUCCCCUGCCGUGUUUGAUUGGUUCUUCGAAGCGGCCUGCCCUGCCUCCCUGCAGGAGGAUCCCCCCAUCCUGCGGCAGUUCCCUCCAGACUUCAGGGACCAGGAAGCUAUGCAGAUGGUGCCUAAAUUCUGCUUCCCUUUUGAUGUGGAAAGGGAGCCCCCCAGCCCCGCCGUGCAGCAUUUCACCUUCGCCCUCACAGACCUUGCCGGCAACCGCAGAUUUGGUUUCUGCCGCCUGCGGGCGGGUACCCAGAGCUGCCUCUGCAUCCUCAGCCACCUGCCUUGGUUCGAGGUGUUUUACAAGCUACUGAACACAGUGGGAGACCUACUAGCCCAGGACCAAGUCACCGAGGCAGAGGAACUUCUUCAAAAUCUGUUUCAGCAGUCCCUGUCUGGGCCCCAGGCCUCAGUGGGGCUUGAGCUGGGCAGCGGAGUGACGGUCUCCAGCGGGCAGGGUAUCCCACCCCCUACCCGGGGAAAUAGCAAGCCGCUUUCCUGCUUCGUGGCCCCGGACUCCGGCCGCCUGCCAUCCAUCCCCGAGAACAGGAACCUAACGGAGCUGGUGGUGGCCGUGACUGACGAGAACAUCGUGGGGCUGUUCGCGGCGCUGCUGGCCGAGAGAAGGGUCCUGCUCACCGCCAGCAAACUCAGCACCCUGACCUCGUGCGUCCACGCGUCCUGCGCGCUCCUGUACCCCAUGCGCUGGGAGCACGUGCUGAUCCCCACGCUGCCCCCACACCUGCUGGACUACUGCUGCGCGCCCAUGCCCUACCUCAUUGGAGUGCACGCCAGUCUCGCCGAGAGAGUACGAGAAAAAGCCCUGGAGGACGUCGUGGUGCUGAACGUGGACGCCAAUACCUUGGAGACGACCUUUAACGAUGUGCAGGCGCUGCCUCCAGACGUGGUGUCCCUGCUGAGGCUCCGGCUCAGGAAGGUCGCCCUGGCCCCCGGGGAAGGGGUGUCCCGUCUCUUCCUCAAAGCCCAGGCCCUGCUCUUCGGGGGCUACCGCGACGCACUCGUCUGCAGCCCGGGCCAGCCAGUGACCUUCAGUGAAGAAGCCUUCUUGGCCCAGAGGCCUGGGGCACCUCUGCAGGCCUUCCACCGGCGGGCUGUGCACCUGCAGCUGUUUAAACAGUUCAUCGAAGCCCGACUGGAGAAGCUCAACAAGGGGGAGGGCUUCUCAGAUCAAUUCGAGCAGGAGAUCACUGGCUGCGGGGCCUCCUCAGGGGCCCUUCGAUCCUAUCAGCUCUGGGCCGACAAUCUAAAGAAAGGUGGUGGUGCUCUCCUGCACUCAGUCAAGGCCAAGACCCAACCAGCCGUCAAGAACAUGUACCGCUCGGCCAAGAGUGGCUUGAAGGGGGUGCAGAGCCUUCUAAUGUAUAAGGAUGGGGACUCUGUCCUGCAGAGGGGGGGCUCUCUGAGGGCCCCAGCCCUCACCAGCCGCUCAGACCGCCUGCAGCAACGCCUCCCAAUCACUCAGCACUUUGGACAGAACCGGCCCCUUCGCCCCAGCAGGAGACACCGGCUGGAAGAGGGACCUUCCGAGCCCCCAGGGGCGGGGACACCCCCGCUGAGCCCUGAGGAUGAGGGGUGCCCGUGGGCAGAAGAAGCUCUGGACAGCAGCUUCUUGGGGUCUGGAGAAGAACUGGAUUUGUUGAGCGAGAUUCUGGACAGUCUUCGCGUGGGAGCCAAGAGCGCAGGCAGCCUGAGACCGAGCCAGAGUUUAGACUGCUGUCACAGAGGAGACCUGGACAGCUGCUUCAGCCUGCCCAACAUACCAAGAUGGCAACCAGACGAUAAGAAACUACCAGAGCCGGAGCCCCAGCCCCUGUCCCUGCCAUCCCUGCAAAACGCCUCGUCUUUGGAUGCCACCAGCUCUUCAAAGGACCCCAGGUCCCAGCUGAUACCCUCAGAGUCCGACCAAGAAGUCACCUCUCCAUCCCAGUCCUCAACAGCUUCUGCAGACCCAAGCAGCUGGGGGGACCCCGAACCCUCUCCUCUCACAGAGCCCCUAAUUCUUCAUCUCGCCCCUUCCCACAAGGCAGCUGAAGAUUCUACAGCCCAGGAAAACCCCACUUCCUGGCUCUCCACCGCACCCACUGAGCCCAGCCCUCCAGAAAGCCCCCAAAUUCUGGCCCUCACAAAGCCCAACUUUGAUGUAGCCUGGACGUCCCAGCCCCUUGAUCCUUCCUCAGACCCCAGUUCUCUGGAGGACCCCAGAGCCCAGCCUCCCAAGGCCCUGCCAGCAGAGCACACUCACCUCCAGCCACUCGAGGAACCAGGAGCCCCGAAUUCCCCUGCUAUACCCACCAGCAACUGGCAAAAGCCCCAGCCCAGCAGCCGGCCCAGAGUCGCUGAUCUUAAGAAGUGCUUUGAGGGCUAAGAAUCAGGGGUCCAGGAGAGACCCCAGUCCCUCAAUAAAGCCACAAGAGCCCAAAAAAGCUGUUUUUUUUCCUGGUGAAUUUCUCUGGUGCCCUCGCCCUGCUCAGAAAUCCAUCCCACCCAUCUCUGUCCCUCUAAGAGCAGCCUCUCUAACUGGCUUCUAGCAGGGAAUUCCAGGAAGCCUCCUGGUCCUCUAGAAUCCUGGCAACCUUACAAUUCCUCUCGGCAGUUGUCACUUCCAUCUCAGCUAAUGCUCCCACGAGCUCAAACACACCAAUAAAGCUUUUAUUACAUCUCA